CCUCAACUGUUCGGAGUCGAGAGUCGACGAUGGACAGCCUGUUGAGACCCCAAAAACUCCCACACAUCAUUCUCAAGCUUUGCCGCAAGUAUUUGAGUUGACAGUCCUGGGUUUUAGUAGCUUCUUUAUAAAGCCAAGCUAGGGAGGAAUGCCACAGGCACAAGAAGUUUUGGCCUUGAAGCUGGUACAUCAUGAGCGGGAGCAGCAGACAGGCAAGGCCGCCAUCAGUGGACGGGAAAGACGAAGUGGAAGCACCUGUUCCUAAUGGAUGGAGUGAUGGGAAAGAGAUAAACUCAUCGGGCAAUAAUAUGAACUCCUCUUUAUCUUCGCUUGGAUUGCCGCCUGCUCCUGGAAGCGACAAGCGUUUGACGAAACCUUCUCCUUUGGCCAUGAAGACGAUCGAGUCAUCUGCAACUGACGGAUACGGAAGUGAUCAGCGGCCAAUGCAGCGUCCACCAGGACAUGGCAUCUUCAACUCCCUGUACGAAGACUCUGAUGGCAGUGAUGGAAGCAUUGUGUUCAACUCCAAGAGGAAUAAGAAACCCGCACCAACUCAUGAAGCGGCUAGAGGUCGUGAACGUUUCCCUAGCUUUGACAGUAUGGCUAGCUCAGGUUCGCUUGUACGGCAUGUGCUGCCACAACAUUCAACAACUAGCAAUCCAUCGCCACAGACCUCCAGAGUGACGCAGCAAAAUAUGGGCAGAGUCAACCCGCAAAUGCUACCUUAUGAUCAACGGAGAAAACUGAUGCAAAUGAAACAAAAACAACAGCAACAGCAGCCACAGAAACAGCGAGACCGGUCGCCACCACAGCCACCCCGAGUAAUGGACCCACGCUUUAGCAAUCCAUAUAUGAUGACACCCGCAGAAUUCCACCAACCCCCACCCAAUCCAUAUCAGAUCAAUGGAAUGAUGGUAGCACCGCCACAACACUUUGGAUACCCCAUGCCGCCGCCACAACCAAUGCACAUGCAGAUGCCCUUUGGGGCCUAUCCCCCAUCAAGUCCCAGGUUGCAUCCUUAUCGGUCGCCACAGCAACACCAUAGACACUAUGAUCCACAAAGUAGAGCUAUGCAGCAACAACACCUAAUAAUGCCACCAGGAAAGCAGCCAGGGCGUCCUUACCCACCACCACCACAACAACAGCAAGUUCCACCUUACCCACCACCACCACAACAACAUCAAGUUCCACCACAGACUCAACAGCCUCAAGCGCAGCCGCAACAUUCCUUGCCACCAAAAAGCAACUCUAGAAACAGUAACAAUGGAGGGCAGGCAGCAACGAAGGACAAACAUUUGCCAGCAAGCAGCAUUGAUUCCUCUGAGCAAGAUCCCAAGGCCAGAGUUACUCCUCCUCCUGCAGCGGCGCAAUCUACCCAAACCGAUCCAAGCAGCAGUAGCAACAACAAUGGAGGUACCGGUGUUCCGCCGCCUCCUCCUCCACCUCCCGUUCCUCCGCAUCAUGUUCGAGCAGAAUCCUCUGGAAGUGUCUCGUCGCUAGGCAGUCAGGGUAGUGUGUUUGGAUAUGUGGCAACGCAACAUGAGGACAAUCCAAGGCAUCCAAAAGGACAGCGCAGUGGUGGAAGGAGUGACUUUUUGAAAAUGCUGAAUCCAUUUUCAACCGAGAAACGGCAACAUUCACCUAAAUUGACUGCGUCUGACUUUCACAAAAAGAACCAAGCCUUCCUGGAACAAUCAGCCGCCACCAAGAGGCAAUUUCGCAAACCACCACCGCAGCAUCGUCGUGUUGGGUCCAUGGACCGACCACCAGCAACCCGAGGCACCCACAGACGGCUCCCUUCUAUUGAGAACGACAACUGGGAGGAAACUGCUGGAAUUGAACGAACGACAUCUGCUGAACAAUCCUCUGGAGAUGCGAGCAGCCAACUUUCAACGAGUGACGGAAGUGACCUUGCUGUAAAGCCUCGGUACAGCUUUCCCAACGGAGAAGCUAAUGAAAGGACAUCACUCCUACCACCAUCGGGGCAAGGUUCAAGUGAACACCUGGAAACGAGAAGGCGUUAUCAUAGUGAAAAACAACAAUCAUCAUCCAAACGUCACAAACACAGUAAAACCAGAUCAUCGAGGAGACCUCAUAGGGCGUCGACUGAAGGCAACAGGAAUCGCGAGAGCGAAACGACUCUCCACAGGAACAACGUAUCAGGUUCUCGCACGCAAAGCAGAAGGAAGAAAAAGAAGUCUCGCCGCCGUGCACGAAGGAGAAACCAGGCGGUCGAUGGCAACAACUCAGGAUCAUCUCAAGACUCUGAAGAGCAUUCCUCGUCGUCUUCAUCAUAUGACUACAGACAAUGGACGAGGCGACGUUCACAAAUGCUUGAAGAUGAACGCAAUAGGCUUAUCGCGCAGUGGAAGGCGGAGGCACGCGCUGAAGCAAUAGCAUCACGUCGACAACAGGAAGCUGACCAAUGGUACCGGCGCAUUGGCAGAUACUUGGACUCUGAGUUCGGCGACAUUCUUAGAAAGGCAUUCAAGGUGCUAUCCUUUGUGGAAGCCUUCAUUUGUAAUUUACCGCUCACGGUUGGUGGAAUUGCCAUGGCAAUUGUUACACUUGGUGUCGUUUGGUUCAAGUGGGUUGAAGAAAACCUUGAUUCUUGCGAGCCCGUCCAAUUUCAUUCUUCGCAAUGUACCUUCCCAGAGUUCCCUGGAUGUUUCUACUGCGACACCACAGCACCCAUGUACCAACUUGCCGUGAACUUUCACUUUGCCUGUUCUGCCUUUGCUGGUGUUCUGGCCUUGAGUUUUGUGCUGAAACUGUGCCUAGCUCCACAAGUCUUCCUCGACGAGUUGAGUUCACCAACCACAGCCAGUCCAGCCGGACUUAUAUGUAUGACAACGGUGUGCGUGUUUGCAGGAAGAGGGAUUAUAGGGCAAAUCAUUGUAUCCUUGGCAGCAUGCGUGCACCUGUGUCUGGUGAUCUGGUUCAUCUACAUGGCCUUGGCAUAUCACAUCAUGCCAGACCCAUCUUGGUUUCCCAACACGGUUGGUAUUGGCAUGACUGCUGUGAAGACAUGGUUGUACUAUCCCAUGUCUGGCCAUUUUCUGAUGGCACUCGCGUUGUCCCUGAAUUUCUUCUUCUUUCCGAUAAGUUUGGUUCGAGUGGCUCUUAACGAGAAGAUCUCUGCUCCAGUGGGGUAUAUGCAGAUGUCUGCACCAGCAGUGGCUUUGAUGGCUCUCACCAUAAUGGCCCAGCCAUCCUUUGAGCAAGAGAAGCCUGAUAUCAACAGAUUCCAACGAGCACAUCGUCUCGUGUAUCUUCCGGCAAUGCACGCACUUUUUGUCUUGUCAGUGAUUGGGUUUCUAGCAAGUUUGCAGUCUCUGGCUGUUCGGUGGAAGGGCUUCAAGAAAAAGCCAUUCUCUCCUGCCCAUGCAGCAUUUCCGUAUCCAACACUCUUACACGCCAACGCAAUUCAGGCAUAUAGGGCUGCUAUCAACUCAUUCUCGAGCGAGCUACCUGGGAAAGCAUUCACCAUUUGCCUUGAUGUGUACUGGAUAGUAGUUCUCGUGAGCGGUACUAUUCUGACGAUUUGGAUAUCGAUGCAAUUCUUUUGGAACUUGCCAGGAUGGACGAAUCUAAAUGUCGACCAGGACGAAGAGCCUCCGGCACCCUACGAGACAACAAUGACGCUACAGAACGUUAUUGCAACGGGGGAAUCCCUAGUUCAACCGUUUGUAAGUCCAGCAGUGCUGCAGGCCAACGAGACUGGCGCUUUGGUCUUGGUUCGUCGAACAGACCAAGACGGCGGAGGUCAGAGGUUUGUGCGGACACGGAAACUGGCAUCUUUGGGCUUUGAGCCGACUAUGACCUGGGGGGAGAUGGAACGUGAGCGAGAUUUGCUUCUUGAAUGGAUCGGGAAGCAUCCGCGGCGAAGAACCAAGACCCUUUCUGUUCCAGGCAUCGACUUUAGUUCAGGUCUAUACAUGGCCAAUGAGGAUGAGGAGGCUCAGAAUCCUGAAGACAGAGUUGAUCAUUCUGUCGGCGGGGGUUCUUACUAUUGACGACAGAAGUCGUGAGCCCAACUAGCUUCGUUAUAACUUAUGUAUCAAUCUAGCUACAGUUUGCAAAUGCUGGCCUUUCCACUAGCAGUGAUCUCAAUCGAUACUUUCAGCUUGAUCCUCGCUCAGCCCAACGGGCAUGCCAGUGCUACCGGUACCUCGGUAGGUAGAGGACACCGACCUCAAAGAAGCAUAUUGCGAUGUAGUGAUUUUGAUACUUUCAGCUUUAUCCUCGUUCAGCCCAACGGGCAUGCCAGUG